UUCACUUCCUGUAGGGACUGAAAACCAAGUGAGGAGAUGAAGGAUUGCACCGUACUACACCAGAGAAUACAGAGAGGAUAGAUCCUGAUCAUCAUCCAAGGAACAACUGUGGGAAGAUAUCCAGUCCCUUCACAGCAUUGCUCAACACAGAGAAGUUUGGGCAUUGAAACUGUCAUCUGGAAAUUGGUCGGGUCAGGGGAGUUUUGACAUAUCGUCAGAUCUGAAACUGGUCAGUGGUGUGGAACCUUCCAUCAGAACCGACCUUUCCGAAGGUUCGGCUGUGGGUGAUCGGUCAGGGUGAGACUGGGAAGAAGUGUGAGUGGGCUCCAAGUGUGGUGGGAGCUUCCAUCAUUCAUCGAGUCUCAUAAGCCACUGACUCAUUCGUACAGGUGAGAGGCUGUUUGAAUGUGAGGUGUGUGAGGAGGGCUCCACAGGCUCAUAAGAUCUCCUAACACAGAAGGUGCAUCUGUCACAAGAGUAGCUACAUGGAUGAAAACCUAUUCAAGUGUGAGGUGUGUGACAAAUCAUUCUCAUGUUCAUCUCAAUUCUGUAUGCACCAACACAUUCACACAUGGGAGAAACCAUUCAAGUGCGACGUUUGCGAUAAAGCUUACUUGACAUCUUCAAGCCUCCUUAGACACCAGAAGAACCACACAGGGGAGAAACCAGUCAAGUGUAUGGUGUGUGACAAAGCCUUCACACGAAUUUCAAACCUCCUGGACCACCAAACAAUCCACACAGGACAGAAAGCUUUCAAAUGUGAUGUUUGUGAUAAAGCUUUUGUGGCAUCUUCGAGUCUCCUUAGACACCGGAGGAAUCACACAGGGGAAAAACCCUUCAGGUGUGAGGUUUGUGAGGUGGCUUUCACCCAGUCCUCUGAUCUUCUGAUGCACCAGAGGAUUCAUACAGGGGAGAAACCCUUCAAGUGUGAGGUGUGCAACCGAGCCUUCACAUGGUCAUCGACGCUUGUACAACACCAACGCAUUCACACAGGGGAGAAACCCUUCAAGUGUGAGGUGUGUGACAAAUCAUUCUCACACUCAUCAAACCUCCGCAGUCACCAACGCAUUCACACAGGUGAGAAACCAUUCACUUGUGAGGUAUGUGACAAAUCAUUCUCUGAGUCUUCGAACCUCCGCGCACAUCAACGCAUUCACACAGGAGAGAAACCAUUCAGGUGUGAGGUUUGUGACAAGGCUUUUACCCACUCCUCCGAUCUCCUGAAGCACCAGCGGAUCCACACAGGUGAGAAACCAUUCACGUGUGAAGUGUGUGACAAAUCAUUCUCUGAGUCAUCAAACCUCCGUGCACAUCAACGCAUUCACACAGGAGAGAAGCCAUUCAGGUGUGAGGUUUGUGAGAAGGCUUUCACCCAUCCCUCUGAUGUCCUGAAGCACCAGCAGAGGCACACUGAUGAGAAACCACUCCAGUCUGAGGUGUGCAACCAAACCUUUGAACAGUCAUUGAUACUUGUGUAACAGUAACACAGUCACACUGGGGAGAGCCCGUUAAGUGUGAGGUGUGUAACAAAGUCUUUGUAUGAUUCUUGUGCCUGGUGAAACAGUCAUGCUCACACAGGUGGGAAACUAUUGAAGAGUAUGAUAUGCAACCGAACCUUCAGACAAUCUUCAAUGCUCCUGAGAUACUGACGCACUCACACAGGGAGAAGCCAUUCACAUCGGAGCAGUGUGACAAAAUAUUCUUGCAGUCAUCAAACCUCCAUGUUGACCAGUGUAGUCACACAGAAGGGGAUCUCUUCAAGUGUGAGCUCUGUGACAAAGCAUCACAAACUGAUCAAAUCAGCCAGUCCAUCAGAUGACACACACAUGGCAGUAAGUAUGAGAUUCACAAUACAAGUUAUCUGACAUCAUCAAAACUCCUGGGACAUGAGCAGAUCCACACUGGAGAGAAACCAUCCAUGUGUGAGGUGUGUGACAAGGCUUUUGCACAAUCAGCGUAUCUCCUGAUCCAUCAACGCACUCACAAGGGGAGAAACCCGAUCAGUUUGGGUUCUGUAGUAAAGACUUCACACAGUUGUUGAACCUCUUGGUACAUCAGUGAAGCCAAACAGGAGACAAACCCUUCCAGUAUAAUGUGUGCCUGGAUUGUUUCACUUAUCCUCUCUCACCAUACACCGACGUCUCCACACGGACUUGGAGCCAGGUCACCCGCUUCUGUUACACUGAGAGUUGUCUGUGUUGUUUACCCUCCAGUGCUCACACAGGGAAACUGUUGUUCCAAAGCACUGUCUGUCUCAGCAAUGUCUGUCUCAAACCUCUCCCACCAUCAGUCCAAUCGUUUCAAGAAGACCAACUUAACCUUUGUCCAGAUCACCAAACAUCACCAAAAGAAAAUAUCAAUAUGUAUAGAAGCUCCUGCUUGUGCACAGAUGCCACUGUGUCUCUGGGAGGAAUUACUCAGCCACACGAGGUUCACGAUUCAGGAGAAUGUGUGUCAGGAUGUUCCCUGCUCUAGACAAGAGGGAAAUACCUCAAUAGUUUCCAUAGCAUGAUUUAUCUCCCUUAUAAAAUAUACCUUCCUUAUAAUUGUCACAUUCCUGAAGUCCAGUGGAGUUCUCUUUCCUCCCAAAUCCAUAGGAUGAAUGAAUGGAAUCUUGAUGUGAGCAGAAGUCCACCAGCUUUGAAGACCUCAGCUGGAAUACAAUCGGGGCCACAGGCUUUGUUGUUUUUCAUCUGUUUGAUUGCUCUCCCAUUGAUGGUGACUCACCCAUGGAUUCUACCACAGGCACUGGGGAAUAGACUGGAGGGUAUCAGCUGUCACUGUGGAUUCAUGGUGGAGGAGUUAUUCAAAAUCUUCUUUUCACGUUAACAGAUGGCAUUGUCAUCCUUAAGAAUAGAAACAUCAUCCUGUGAAUGAAGGAGAUUUUGUCCAUUUGAUCUUGGUGUGUAGGUGGGCCUGAAGACUUUAAAAGCUUUGCAUGUCAUGAUGAUCAGAUUGAUGAUCAGGAUUUCUCCUCCCACCAGAUGUCCUUUAUCUUCCAGAUUUGUCUUUGGGUGUCAGCCUUGAGCUGUUGAAAUACUGUCUUCUUGAGUUGUGACCUUGGGUUGCUCUGCCAGGCAAUGAAGGCUGAUCGUUUUGUUCCAGGAGGUCACAUAUUUGAACAUCAUGUUCGUCGAGCCAGUCCUGGUGACGAUAAUGCUCGAAUCCAAUGGUCUGGGCACAGGAGUUUAGUACAGCUGACUUUAUUUGAUCCCACUGCUCAGGAAUUGAGUUGGAUGUGUGAAGAUUUUCCAGAUUGGUCAUGAGCUGCACCUGGAAUUCCUCUGUUUUAGGGCUGAGAUAUUGAUCUUCUUCCUCUUGGUCUUUUGGGCCUUGUGAUGUCUUGGUGCUGGGUGGAUGUUCAUCACCGAUCGAACAAGUCGAUGAUCUGUCCAGCAGGCAUCAGCCCCCCACAUCGAUCGAGUGAUAGAGGCAUCACUUAGAACUUUGACUUGGCUUUAGACCUUCCAGAGGAGCCUCUGACAUGGUCUUUGUUCCCAGAGAAAUCCAAGAAAAAUGUCGAGAAAACACCAGGAACUCUUCAUUACAUUUAUCAUCGUGACCAAAGCAUUUGACUCAGUAAAUCUUGAGACUCUGUGGAUUGUGCUCCAAUGAUUUGGCUGUCCAAGAAACUUCAUCACAAUCCUGCAAUUGCUUCAUGAUGAUAUGACUGCAACUGUCUUGAGUGAGAGAUCUGAAACAGAAGCCUUCAAAAUCCAGACUGGUGUCAAGCAAGGCUGUGAGAUAGCCCCCAUUCUAUUUACAAUCUACCUGACAGUGACUAUUCACCUCAUCAAAGAUCAACUGCCCUCUGGUGUCAGUAUUAAAUACCAUCCAGAUGGGAAACUCAUUUACCUUGGUCACCUCUGUGCCAAAACUAAACUGACCACCAUAGAUACACAUGAUCUACAGUUUGCAGAUGACUGCAGUGUCAUUGUCCACUCUGCAACAGAUUUGUAAACCUCUCUCAAUCUCUUCAAUUCUGCAUGUGUCUGUAUGAUGGAAACGAGCUCCAUCCUGUGUCACUAAAGUUCGGUGCCAUUUCUGACCAUCAGAAUUGGGAACCAGGCUAAAGCGCAGAGAUUUUAAAGAAACUUGUCUGUAGUAUUCUGAGAGAGUUUCCCCUGAUGUGAGUGUGUGUGUGUGUGUUAGUAAAGUGAGUCAGGAGUGGGUAUGGGGUAGAAUCGGACCCUGUUUGAGAUGAUGAUGUGAAUUAUACUCAGAUGCUCCUCAGGUGGUGGAUGUUUGUCCUGCCUAGGAGGAUUACUAUCCUGAGUAUGGUGAGGGAGUGGGAAUGAUUCGCUAUAUACCCGAGUUCCCUUAACCCAUCAUAUCUCAAUGUCCUAACGGUGUGUUAUGUUCACCUUACAAUCUUCCAAGAUUCAUUUCAUUUCUGGGAAAGAUUUUGAGUUGUUUUCAAAUGCUUUGUUAUUUUGGUUGAUUCAAAGUUUGUGUAAGCUGAAUAUUGUGUUGUUGUUUGUCUGCUGUUUUAUCAAUCUUCUGUAUAGAUUUAUAAAUCACAAUAAAUUCAUUCUUUUAGCUUAACCCAAA